AGCGCGCAGGAGCUCGACGUCGCUUUCGUCGUCGACGCGACCGGCAGUAUGGGCUGCCACGUGGCGCUCGUAAAGGAGAAGAUCAGCGCGACGAUCGCAGCGGUGAAAGCGCGCUUCCCGUCGGCGAAGGUCCGGGUCGCCUUCAUUGGGUACCGCGAUUACGGGGAGACGAUCAACAAGAUUGGGUUUACAGCUGAUGUGAAGGCGUUUGAAACCGCGUUAGCGCGGGUUAAGGUCAGCGGGGGAGGUGACCUUCCGGAGGACGUCUUCUCCGGACUGGAGGCGGCGGCAAAGCUGGAGUGGAGUUCCGCAGUUCGUCUGGUCAUCCACAUCGCGGACGCCCCGUGCCACGGCCGCGAGUUUUACGACCGGGCAAAGCACACCAACAUCGACGACAAGUACCCCGACGGCGACAAGCACAAGCGCGAGCUCGCAACGGUUCUGCGCGCGCUGCACGCGGGCGCGCGCGUGCAGACGUACCACUUUUACCACCUCAACGACUACACCAAGCAGAUGUUGGCGCAGUUCCGGCAGGCGACGGGCGUUCCGGCGGGCUGGAUACAGGAGGACACCUUUUCGAACAUCGAAGGCAUCCCUUCCCGCAUCAGCCAGCACUCGCAAACCGCGAUCAGUUCUAGCCUGUUGCGCGAGAGCGGCGGCAGCAGCGAGGGCUUUGCCGCUCUGGCAGUGGACACAGCGGAACCGGACUGGGACGGAAUUGGCGAGCGGAAAGCGGAGGAGUACGCGAUCAUGCCUAUGUCCGCGGAAGACGUUGUCGAACGCGUCAAGUUCGGCAAGCGUCUCAAGUUCGCGACCCAGGGCGCGCGUGCUCUCAAGAUCGCGCCCGCGCCGUUCAGCGCCGACGGCGCCCUCCGUUGGCCGUACUACACGCUGAUUGGCCCGGAAGACGGCGCGGAAGACGACCCGGAGGACGGCGCGCGCGCGGCGACCACGAAGCGCGUCCUCAAGCGCUUCAAGACGCCGCUGGACGCCCGAGUCGCGGCACUGCGGCAAUCUGAGGCGAGCUAUAAGGAGCAGGCCGAGGAGCAGUUUGUGGCGUCGGUUCUGGUGGAGCGCUUCAACCAGCUGUACCCCGGUGCGGUGCGCGAGCGCCUCGUCUUCCUGCAGCUGAACCUGGUCAAGGUGGCGUUCGGAGAAUCGGCUAUGAGGCAUCAGUGGUAUACGGUAGAGGACUUCCUCGACGGCCACUACAAGAAGUUCUCGUGCAACGUGGGCGACUUCUCGCCCGAGUAUUCGGACAUCCUCCAGGCGUUCACCCACUGGACGUACGAGUUCUCGGGGGGAGAGCUUAUGAUCACCGACCUCCAGGGGAUCAAGGGCCCAGAUGAAGACACGUACUACCUCACGGAUCCGGCGAUCCACUGCCGCGACUUGGACCACUUUUCGCGGCUCAACUGGGGCGAGGAGGGCUUCGCCAUGUUUUUCGCCGCGCACAAGUGCAAUAAGAUAUGCGCCAAGCUGAAGCUGAAGCCGCGCACGGCGACCAGCCCCCGAUCGCCUUUCGACUCGCCGUUCAAGUGAAAGCUGGCUAAAGGAUUGAGGUUUGAGGGAGAACGGGGAGAAAUGAGUUGAUUGGCAGCGAGUCGGUGAGAUAUUGUACUGUGUACAGGGAUUGAAGAUGCAAGCUAAGAGACGGCUGCAAGCUCACGUCCUGACAUUGAUGGCGCGCAACUUGCCCCGCGGAUGUCGAACGUGUACCCUUAUUAUUGGACUCAGACUUUGCUGGAACUUGGAUUUAGCAAGGAAGGUAUAUGCAUAGUCGGACCAAAACAGGCGGUAGCUUCGGGCUUGUGCAGACAAUUUGAGGAAUGUUUCAAGGGGCCGGGAUGCAGAUGCGCAGUACUGGGAAGAAGCUGUACAUAGAGAUAGUCAGUCCGGUCAAAUUCGGUGGUGUCUUCUACAUUCCUAGUAAACGUUUUUCUCAUGCACGAUCAUCUUCAGUUGUUUUAAGAGCAAUAUUUGUGCCCGUUUUGCAACACUGAUGCUCUAUAUAUAGAGGUGUGCCACACCAUCGCUG